ACACAGGCCCUUCUACUUACUGGAUGUUUGACAAAAUAUUCUUUUUCCGCCAAAAACACUGGCAUUAUUGGUGAGCUUGUUAGAAAUUCAAAAACCGAGACUUUAUUCCAGAUCUUCUGAAAAAAAUAAUCUCCACUAACAAGAUUUCCAGUUUAUUUUACAGACUAAACUUUGAGAAGCACUUUCUAACUCAACAUGUCUUUUCCAUCUGAAAAAUAUACACAAGUCAUUCUGUAUGACGUAUAUAUAGCAAUAAAAAAUGGACCAUUGACAUUUAUGGAUGUGGCCAUAGAAUUCUCUCUGGAGGAGUGGCAGUGCCUGGACACAGCACAGCAGAAUUUAUAUAGGACUGUCAUGUUAGAGAACUACAGAAACCUGGUAUUCCUGGGUAUUGCUGUGUCUAAUUUAGACCUGAUCACCUGUCUGGAGCAAGGAAAAGAGCCCUGGAAUAUGAAGAGACACGAGAUGGUAGCCAAACCUCCAGCUAUGUGUUCUCAUUUUGCCAAAGACCUUAGGCCAGAGCAAUAUAUAAAAAAUUCUUUCCAACAAGUGAUACUGAGAAGAUAUGGAAAAUGUGGAUAUCAGAAAGGCUGUAAAAGUGUGGAUGAGCAUAAGUUGCACAAAGGAGGUCAUAAGGGACUUAACCAGUGUGUGACAACUACCCAGAGCAAAAUAGUUCAGUAUGAUAAAUAUGUGAAAGUCUUUCAUAAAUAUUCAAAUUCAAAGAGACAUAAGAUAAGACAUACUGGAAAAAAUCCUUUCAAAUGUAAAGAAUGUGGCAAAUCAUUUUGCAUGCUUUCACAACUAACUCAACAUGAGAUAAUUCAUACUGGAGAAAAACCCUACAAAUGUGAAGAAUGUGGAAAAGCUUUUAGCCAGUCCUCAACUCUUACUAGACAUAAGAUAAUUCAUACUGGAGAGAAACUCUACAAAUGUGAAGAAUGUGGCAAAGCUUUUAACCGGUCCUCAAACCUUACUAAACAUAAGAUAGUUCAUACUGGAGAGAAGCCUUACAAAUGUGAAGAAUGUGGCAAAGCUUUUAAACAGUCCUCAAACCUUACUAAUCACAAGAAAAUUCAUACUGGAGAGAAACCCUACAAAUGUGGAGAAUGUGGCAAAGCCUUUACCCUAUCUUCACACCUUACUACACAUAAGAGAAUUCAUACUGGUGAGAAACCCUACAAAUGUGAAGAAUGUAGCAAAGCUUUUAGUGUCUUCUCAACCCUUACUAAACAUAAGAUAAUUCAUACUGAAGAGAAACCCUACAAAUGUGAAGAAUGUGGCAAAGCUUUUAACCGGUCCUCACACCUUACUAAUCAUAAGGUAAUUCAUACUGGAGAGAAACCCUACAAAUGUGAAGAAUGUGGUAAAGCCUUUACCAAGUCCUCAACUCUUACUUAUCAUAAGGUAAUUCAUACUGGAAAGAAACCCUACAAAUGUGAAGAAUGCGGUAAAGCCUUUAGUAUAUUCUCAAUCCUUACUAAACAUAAAGUAAUUCAUACUGAAGAGAAACCCUACAAAUGUGAAGAAUGUGGCAAAACUUUUAACUACUCCUCAAAUUUUACUAAUCAUAAAAAAAUUCAUACUGGAGAGAAACCCUAUAAAUGUGAAGAAUGUGGCAAAAGCUUUAUUCUGUCCUCUCAUCUUACUACACAUAAGAUAAUUCAUACUGGAGAGAAACCCUACAAAUGUAAAGAAUGUGGCAAAGCUUUUAACCAGUCCUCAACCCUUAUGAAACAUAAGAUAAUUCAUACCGGAGAGAAACCCUACAAAUGUGAAGAAUGUGGCAAAGCCUUUAACCAGUCCCCAAACCUUACUAAACACAAGAUAAUUCAUACUGGAGAGAAAUCCUACAAAUGUGAUAAAUGUGGCAAAGCCUUUAACCGGCUCUUAAUCCUUAUGAAACAAAAGAUAAUUCAUACUAGAGAGAAACCCUACAAAUGUAAAGAAUGUGGCAAAGCAUUUAACAGGUCCCCAAAUCUUACUAAACAUAAGAUCAGGUAUACUGGAAAGAGACCUUUCAAAUGUAAAAAAUGUGGCAAAUCAUUUUGCAUGCUUUUACACCUAAGUCAGCAUAAAAGAAUUCAUACUAGAGAGAAUUCUUACCAAUGUGAAGAAUGUGGCAAAGCCUUUAAAUGGUUCUCAACCCUUACUAGACACAGGAGAGUUCACACUGGAGAGAAACCCUACAAAUAUGAAGAAUAUGGCAAAGCUUUUAAUCAGGACUCAAACCUUACUACACAUAAGAGAAUUCAUACUGGACAAAAACCCUACAACUGUGAAGAAUGUGGCAAAGCUUUCUACCAAUUCUCAUACCUUACUAGGCAUAAGCUAAUUCAUACUGGAGAAAAACUCUACAAAUGUGAAGAAUGUGGCAAAGCCUUUAGUGUAUUCUCAACACUUACUAAACAUAAAAUAAUUCAUACUGGAGAGAAACCCUACAAAUGUGAAGGAUGUGGCAAAGCCUUUAACAAGUCUUCAACACUUACAAUACAUAAGAUAAUUCAUAGUGGAGAAAAACUCUACAAAUGAGAAGAAUGUGGCAAAGCUUUUAAGCGGUCCCCAUGCCCUACCACACAUAAGAGAAUUCAUACUGUACAGAAACCCUACAAAUGUGAAGAAUGUUACAAAGCCUUUAGUAUAUUUUCAAUCCUUACUAAACAUAAGAUAAUUCAUACUGAAGAGAAACCUUACAAAUGUGAAGAAUGUGGCAAAGCUUUUACCAAUCUUCCAACCCUUACUAUAUAUAAGAUAAUUUAUACUGGAGAAAAAUCCUACAAAUGUGAAGAAUCCAAAUGUGGCAAAGCUUUUAAGUGGUCCUCACACCUUGCUAGACAUAAGGUAAUUCAUACUGAAGAGAGAUUCUACAAAUGUGAAGAAUGUGGCAAAGGCCUUUACUGUGCUCAAACCUUAUUGAACAAAAUAAUUCAUUCAGGAGAGAAACCCUACAAAUGUGAAGAAUGUGACAAAGCCUUUAACCAGUCCUCAGUUCUUAAUAAACAUAAGAAAAUUCAUACUGGAGAGAAACCCUAUGAGUGUGAAAAAUAUGGCAAAGGCUUUAGCUAG